AUGGGAAACUAGCAAGGAUAAUCUAAUACAAAGGAAAAUAUGCCUGAUUCUAAUUAAACAGUUACAGUAAAUUUAACAGGAAUGAAAGAAAUAGAAUAUGAGUUUUUAAAUUUUAUAAUUGAUGAAAAUAGAAGAAAAAGAUGGUAAUAAUGUUUAAAGUCAUUUGAAAUAUUUUCAAUGGAAGAUUUAAUUUCUGCAUAUGGAUUAGAUAAAGAAAGUAAAAUUGGAAGACGAUGUAAUGAAGCAGAACAUCUAUUACUAAACAAUUACUUUUUAAAAAAAUAAAAAGAAUCUGAAGCAAAAUUUGAAGAAUAGAAAUUAAUCACUUCCGAUUACAUAUCAGAAUAUUUAAAAAAUAAUAAGAUUUCAGAUGAUAUUAUAAUUAUUGACGAUAAGUAAUAUUAUAUAAAAAAUAUUUUAAUUGUUGGAAUAACUGGAUAAGGGAAAACUACUUUUAUAAAUAGUUUUAUUACAUAUUUAAAAGGAUUUAAUACUUCAAAAAGUUAUGAAAAUUUUCAAUUUAGAUUUUAUGUUGACAAGCCUAAUAACAAAAAUGUACAAUCUCAUACUUAAAGUGUUAAUUCUUAUUAAAUUAUUUAUGAAGAUUUCUUAUUCAAUCUGAUUGAUACACCAGGUUUAGGAGAUACAGAGGGUUUAGAAAAAGAUUAAAGAAUUGUAGAUGAUAUUGCUAAAUUUCUUUAAUCCAAUCUUUAUGAAAAUAAUCAAAAUCUUCAUGCUGUUUUAAUAAUAUCAUAAUCAUCUACUUAAUAUGAAGUGAUUGAUAAUAAAUUGUCUCUUUUACAGACUUCAAUGCUAAGUAUAUUAAAAUUAUUUGGAAAGUAAAUGAGUAAAUAUGCACAACAUUGUCUUUCUUUUUCAGAUUUUACAGCUGCUAACACUUUAAAUUUUGAGAGUCCUUAUUCUAUAUUCCAUUCAUUAACUGAAUCAUAAUUGUAAUUUAUUCAUGAAAAUAAAAUAAAUCAGUAAGAAUAAUCAAAAUAACUCUAAGAUCCUAAUUUUUCUACAUAAAUUGAUAUAAAUGUUUAAGAUACUUAUUAGUAAUAUUAUUAAUUUUAAAAUUCUGUAUUUUCAGUUAAAAAAUUAGGAUUUAUUGAAAAAAUACAAAUUAAAAAAAAUAUAGAAAAUUAUUCAUUAAUAACAUAAAGAAUUAAAAAGAGUCCUGGAUUUGGUCUUUUAAAUAGUGUUGAAGUAAUUGCCCAAAGAAAGAUUCUCAAACAAGAAAGAGAUCAAAUAAAUUUGAAAUUAAAAAAUUUGAUACUAAAUAAAAAUAAGAUAAAUGAUAGUAUAAGAAAAAUCUAAAUAUAUCAAAGUAGGAUUGAAGAAUCAUCAAAUUUUGAAUUUUAUGAAUUCGUAACAGAAUGUAAAAGAGAAUUUCAACCUCAAGAAGGAAUUUACUUUACAAAUUGUUUAUAAUGUAAUAAAACCUGUUGUUAAAUAUGUGCAGUAAAAAAUGAACAUUUAUCAAAUUGUAUAUAAAUGAUCCAUUUAAAAAAUAAAAUUAUAUGUUAAUCAUGUAAUUGUUUAUUAGAUAAACAUAUUAAUGAAAAAUAUCGAUGGAGUUUUACAACUGAGCAAAUAAAAAGAAUAAAUUUAAAUCUUCAAAAAGAGAAUGAAAAUGCAAAAUCUUAAUAUGAAAAAAUUAAGUAAAUUGUAGCUAAUUUAUAAGAAUCUUUAAAUUAUGUUCAUUAAGAUAUUAAAAUUACAUUAAUUUAAAUGAAAAAAUGUUUUGAAACACUAUUAUCUUCAGCAUUAUAUACAGUAGAUAUUUAGGAUGAAGAAGCUUAUGAUUUUGUAUUAAGAUUCUAUCCUGAAUAUAAAGAAGCUCUUUAAGAAUUUUACACAUAAGAUGAUUUGAAAGUUAGUUAACAAAUUAGAAAAGAUGUCAAAGACAGAAAACUGUUAGUUUCAUAAACAUUAUUGAAUAUCAAAACAAUUUAAUUUUAGGAUAGAUAAUUUUAAAGAUUUUGA